UUUGGUACAAUAAUGGUCAUACAAGGGGGAAAAUGCGGAACGGAAAAGGGAAUAGAUGGGACAAACAAGUGGAGAGAGAUUUAGUAUUUAAAAAGCGUCACAGUGGCACAUUUAUCUGACUAAACUUACCUGAAAAAGUUGUUAUAAAAAGAUACAACUUUUGAUUCUUCUGAAAAUUCCACUUAAUGUUAGUUAAAUUCUUAGUCAAAAGUGUUAUUGUUGUAGGUUUGCCUGGGUGUGGGCAGGUGUGCUUCUUUCUGUCCAUUGAGGUAAUUCCUAGAUAUUAUUUUUGUCCAUUUAGGGCAAAACUCGGUCCCUCCCUCCAGGACCCUCCCCCCAGGAACGAGUUUGGGAAACCCUGAUUUAUGGAACCCCUUUUGUUCAGGAGCAUGCCCAGAGGCAACAUCUCUGUACAGUCUCUUUAAAGACAAUCAAUUACCUAUGAAUUGAAAUGCCUCACUGACCGGAUUAAGCCUACUGUAUUUGUGCAAUAUGUACAUGUCCGUCUGGGAAUCCUCUGUAACUUUAAAGCAAUUUAGGGGAAGUAAAACAAAUGAAAAGGUAACUUAAAUAAUGAAAGAUCAAAGUUGCUGUUGUCAGUUCAAUAUAAGACAUUUUAAAUGUAUCAAAUACUCAUUGAUGGAUGUACAACAUUGUCUGACACACUCACACACACGCGCGCACGCGCACACACAUAUAGAAACCUUUUUGUACAGAGCUAUAAAACGUACAUACGGGACAGGUGAAACAACUAGAACACAGAGCAUGGGAUUGAGACCAGUUUGCAAACCAAACAACCACUGACAUGCUGAUAGGCGGAUCAUGUGAGAGCCUCAUUUACUGCCAUGCUGUAAAAAAAACACAUUCAAUGUGGUCGUGCAUGAGAUUGUCUUGAUGCAGAAGAAAAUGCUUAUGGGCCCAGUUGGAUGAGCUACUGUAUCUACUGACUGUUGCAAUGUCCAAUGAGCCAUAAUGCUACUUGCUACCAGUAAAUCAAAGGGGAAAAUCAUCCACAAUAUAGACCAGCCACAGUAAUAACAGUGUAUGUGAAUGAAUCAGUUCAACUUUUUAAAAUAAUUAUUGUAAGGGAAUUGUACCUUUCUAUUGAAUAUCUUGAACAUGUACUUUGUAAGUUGUUUUGGGUGUAUCUCAAGUCGGGUGUUUUAGAUUUAAGGACAUUUAUACAGUCAACCAGAUCAGUACAAACAUAUCAAUAUAGUAGACAAUGGUUGUAUUUCAUAAGGCACAAUAGUCACCACACUGGAAUUGCAAGUGUUGUACAACAAACCAUUACCUCCAAUGUCAGAACAAAUGUAUCAAAACUUUUCCUCAUAGUCACAUAAUAAGCAUGUGAAACAUGUAUGAUAUACCACCAGUUUUUCUGUGUCCAGCCACAACUUACACUCUUAGAAAAAAAAUCGCUAUCUAGAACCUGAAAGGGUUUUGGUUCCAGGUAGAACCCUUUUAGUUCCAAGUAGAACCCUUUCCACGAAGGGCUCUACAAGGAACCCAAAAGAGUUUGACCUGGAACCAAAAAGGGUUCUCCUAUGGGGACAGCCAAAGAACUCUUUUGGAACCCUUGUUUCUAAGAAUGUAACCCUGUCCCUGUACAAAAAUAAUAACAAAUGACGGGUUAUUCAUCCACUCAAAGUCAGGACCCAUUGACACAGAACUCAACAUAGGUCUUAAAGGCAUUAUGGUGAAGUUGACUUUAAUAUUGUUAAUGAGGAAAACAUAAAUAAGGUGUUCCUGCAAUUGCUAUGACUGGUCCUAAAUUGUAAAGAGAUGUGGAUAUUGUGAAGUAUAAUCAAAUCAUAAUAAUACAUUCAUUCCCACGGAGAAUUUGAUGUAGAGAAAAUAAGUAUGUGAACAUGAAUGCAAUCAUAUUAUGUUGCGAUGGACACUUCGGGCUGAAUCCUAACAUGAUACACUACAUGACCAAAAGUAUGUGGAAACCUGCUCGUCGAACAUCUCAUUCCAAAAUCAUGGGCAUUAAUAUGGAGUUGACGCCCCUUUGCUACUAUAACAGCCUCCCCUCUUCUGGGAAAGCUUUCCAUUAGAUGUUGGAACAUUGCUGCAGUGACUUGCUUCCAUUCAGCCAGAAGAGCAUCAGUGAGGUCGGGCACUGAUGUUGGGCGAUUAAGUCUGGCUUGCAGUCCAAUUCAUUGCAAAGGUGUUCGAUGGGGUUGAGGUUAAGGCUCUGUGCAGGCCAGUCAAGUUCUUCCAUACCGAUCUCAACAAACUAUUUCUGUAUGGACCUUGCUUUGGGCAUGGGGGCAUUGUCAUGCUGAAACAGGAAAGAGCCUUCCCCAAACUGUUGCCACAAAGUUGAAACCACAGAAUCAUCUAGAAUGUCACUGUAUGCUGUAGUGUAAAAAUGUCCCUUCACUAGAACUAAGGGGCCUGAACCAUGAAAAACAGCCCAGACCAUUGUUCCUCCUCCAACACACUUUACAGCUGGUACUAUGCAUUGGGGCGGGUAGCAUUCUCCUGGCAUACGCCAAACACAAAUUAGUCCAUCGGACUGACAGAUGGCGAAGGCGUGAUUCAUCACUCCAGAGAAUGUGUUUCUAGUGCUCCAGAGUCCAAUGGCGGCAAGCUUUAUACCACUCCAGCCGACGCUUGGCAUUGUGCAUGAUGAUCUUAGGCUUGCAUGCGGCUGCUCGGCCAUGGAAACCCAUUUUAUGAAGCUCCCGAUAAACAGUUCUUGUGCUGAAUUUGCUUCCAGAGGAAGUUUGGAACUCGGUACUGACUAUUUCAACCAAGGACAGACUAUUUGUAUGCGCUACGCGAUUCAGCACUUGGCGGUGACGUUCUGUGAGUUUGCGUGGCCUACAAUUUCGCUGAGCCGUUGUUGCUCCUAGACAUUUCCACUUCACAAUAACAGCACUUACAGGUGACCGGGGCAGCUCCAGCAGGGCAUAAAUGGGACGAACUGACUAGCUGGAAAAGUGGCAUCCUAUGACGGUGCUACUUUGAAAGUCACUGAGCUCUUCAUUAAGGCCAUUCUACUGCCAAUGUUUGUCUAUGGAAAUUGCAUGGCUGUGUGCUUACUGUUAUACACAUGUCAGCAACAGGUGUGGCUGAAAUAGUCAAAUCCACUAAUUUGAAGGGGUGUCCACAUAUUUUUGUAUAUAUAGUGUACAUGCAAGUAACCCUUGUUUAAAUCAUACGCUGAUUUAAAAAGAGGGAUUCGCGCGAAAGUCAGAGUUAUGGAUGAGCAUUAGGAAUUCUGUGUGCUCAGUGUACUGUACUUCAGCAUGCACAAACAAUAAUAUGUGUUUGUUUAUUCCCCCAGCAAGCAUAGCCAUAAAAAAAAACAUUUCUUCAGCAAGCACAUCCAAAAAGGCCAACUUUUGUAGCAAGCACAACCAAAAAAAUACCCAUUCUACCUCUGAAAAUGACCACAAAGAUCUUGGACAAGAAGCGACAUGACCCAAUAACCAUGUUGUGAAGAGGGAGUGAGGCAACACAGAGACAAUGUUAAGGUUGACUUGUGCUAAUUAUUUUUCUCUCCUAAGAGCUGUUUGUUUCCAUUAAGUAAAUGAUUUAGAAAAACACAUCAUUCUUAGGUACCCUCUGAAUGAAUGUCUCCUUGUGGAAGUUGUAAACUUUCGAGUAUAUGUCCCACAAUGGUCAAUACCAAACAGCUGUUGAAAAUGAAAUAUUAUUCAAGUCAAUGUAUUCACUUGGUUUCUUUGAAAUGGGCCACCUAACUUUGAGAAGAAAAUGAGAAUGCCUGUUUUUUUGCGGUGGAGGUUGAAUCCCAUGGAAGCUCCAGACGUAUUGAAUGACACUAGACAAAGGAAGAGAGGAUGUUGGAGGGGAGGACAGACGGGUAUUAAUGAUAGUCAAGGUUGUGCUCAAUUAAUUUCCACUCUGUCAAUUCAGGGAACAAAGAGGAAAUUAAAUUCAUGAAUUGGUAAAACAAUUCUCAGUGAAGAUAAUGGACCAUCCAUCAAUGUACAUCAAUGUACAUUCCAUUCCUGAAUUGAAUUCAGUUGAAAUGAUCCCAACCCUGACACAACAUUUAGGAUUUUCUUCACGAGUCCUUUUUCUAAACCAAGACAUUUAGCUAGUGAUCAGAUUCAUUUGAGUGUGAUUCAUAGUCUUCAUAAAGCCAUGAGAAACAUAGGACAGGUGAGUGUGAUUCAUAGUCUUCAUGAAGCCAUGAGAAACUUAGGACAGGUAGUGUGAUUCAUAGUCUUCAUGAAGCCAUGAGAAACUUAGGACAGGUGAGUGUGAUUCAUAGUCUUCAUAAAGCCAUGAGAAACUUAGGACAGGUGGGAGUGAUUCAUAGUCUUCAAAAAGCCAUGAGAAACCUAGGACAGGUGAGUGUGAUUCAUAGUCUUCAUAAAGCCAUGAGAAACUUAGGACAGGUAGUGUGAUUCAUAGUCUUCAUAAAGCCAUGAGAAACUUAGGACAGGAGAGUGUGAUUCUUAGUCUUCAUGAAGCCAUGAGAAACCUAGGACAGGUGAGUGUGAUUCAUAGUCUUCAUAAAGCCAUGAGAAACUUAGGACAGGUGACUGUGAUUCAUAGUCUUCAUAAAGCCAUGAGAAACAUAGGACAGGUGAAUGUGAUUCAUAGUCUUCAUAAAGCCAUGAGAAACUUAGGACAGGUGAGUGUGAUUCAUAGUCUUCAUAAAGCCAUGAGAAACUUAGGACAGGUGACUGUGAUUCAUAGUCUUCAUAAAGCCAUGAGAAACAUAGGACAGGUAGAUGUGAUUGAUAGUCUUCAUAAAGCCAUGAGAAACAUGGGACAGGUGAGUGUGAUUCAUAGUCUUCAUAAAGCCAUGAGAAACUUAGGACAGGUGGGAGUGAUUCAUAGUCUUCAUAAAGCCAUGAGAAACAUAGGACAGGUGAAUGUGAUUCAUAGUCUUCAUAAAGCCAUGAGAAACUUAGGACAGGUGAGUGUGAUUCAUAGUCUUCAUAAAGCCAUGAGAAACUUAGGACAGGUGACUGUGAUUCAUAGUCUUCAUAAAGCCAUGAGAAACAUAGGACAGGUGAAUGUGAUUCAUAGUCUUCAUAAAGCCAUGAGAAACUUAGGACAGGUGAGUGUGAUUCAUAGUCUUCAUAAAGCCAUGAGAAACUUAGGACAGGUGAGUGUGAUUCAUAGUCUUCAUAAAGCCAUGAGAAAUUUAGGACAGGUGAGUGUGAUUCAUAGUCUUCAUAAAGCCAUGAGAAACUUAGGACAGGUGACUGUGAUUCAUAGUCUUCAUAAAGCCAUGAGAAACAUAGGACAGGUGACUGUGAUUCAUAGUCUUCAUAAAGCCAUGAGAAUCUUAGGACAGGUGAGUGUGAUUCAUAGUCUUCAUAAAGCCAUGAGAAACUUAGGACAGGUGAGUGUGAUUCAUAGUCUUCAUAAAGCCAUGAGAAAUUUAGGACAGGGGUCAAAACAUAGAAACAGAAACAUAGGACAAGGAAAACAGACAUUGUGGUAAUAAACAUAUCGGUCAGACUCCUAAUUUGGGAAGUGUGUUUGGAGUGUUGCACACAUAUGGAUCUCAAGUUAGGAUUCAGCCCAUAGAGAGCUACCUAUGAUCCCUGAACUGACAACCACACUGUCUGGAAAGUAAAGAACAUUAAGGGGAAAUGAUAAGUACCUAUAAAGCUGAAGAGCAAAAUAAUAAGUAAAAGACCUUGCUUGGAUCAACGCAAAUUCCUUCUAUAGUUAGAGUUAGAAGUUAGAGUUCCUACAUUCAGAUGUCUACUAAUCAUCCUUAUAGACAAGGUAAUCUGGAGCUGUUUAUAAAUGAGACGAAUAAAUAAAGAAGUCCUUAAUGGAAAUGAGGCAAAAUGCACGACACUUGAGGGACUGUUUUUUUUAUGUGGGUUGGUUGGAUGAAUGCAUGGAUAUUGCAUUAUACCAAUUACACCACAUACAUCCAAAUUAACCUCCUUCAAAUUCAACAGAUCAAAGGAAAGAAAAACAUCCAGAUCACACAUUUUACACCCAAAUACAAUCUAGUCUGAUGUGUAAUCCUGUCUCUUGUAUGGUUUACACCUUGCGCUAACAUGUGGGUUUUGUGACCUGAUCAAUAGGAUCCAAUCACUAUCUGAUCAAUGUUUGUCGUGUCUAUACUUGGUGAAAAAUGUGUCUCUUAUCCAUCAACUGUGUCCACAAUUUGACCAGAUUUCCCGGUGCCUCCCUGUAUGCUAAUUAUUUGACAAACAUUCUUUCACAAUAAUAUGAAUUAAUGUAUUUUUUAAGAUGAUUACUGAUGCUAUAAGUCAAUGGUGCUUGCGGUCAAUGAUUUUAGUGGCCAAUAUAAUGAUGAUUUAAAUGGUUUGACCAUCCAGAUCUGUUUACACAUGAUUGAUAUCCAGAUACAAUGGUCCUUGACUACCACCAGAGGUGGUCAGGAAGAUCUAAUCACAAUCAAAUCACAAUUAGUCUUUUAAUCAUCUACACCUGACAAAAAAACACACAAAAAAGUAGGCAUAUGUUAGGAAAUAGAAAGGAAAUAAAAAUGUCUUCCUUCAUGAGAUGCAGAACCUACAACAAGAGAGAACAAAAGAAAGCAAGUAAAAUGAGGGUAGUUAUUUGUACAAAGCAACACUGCAGAUCCUUAUUUGGCAGUCUGAUCGAACCUAGGGACAGAGAAAUUGUUUUAUUGGUAAGGUGACCAAAAACGGAUAUCUCAGAAAUGUCACUGUUGAAGGUUAUACUCGAAGGUUUACAACUUUCCAGAAGCGCACACACUGGAAAAUAAAUGUAACUAUUUUUCUUUUGUGUGUCCCUUUUUACCUUGGUUUGUCAUCUCAGAAAUUGGCUGCGUUAUUGUAAUGCUCUGAAUAAAAUGUUGAUCUCAUUGAAAAUAAGGAGCAGACAGACAGUCUUCUCUGGGCAGUUUGAAACACAAUUGAUCACAGACUGUGUCAAGCCAAACAAAGCAGCAAGAUAAAGAAAUAGAUUACGGCCAGGAUUAAAUCAGAUUAAGGGUAACCCGUGUUAGCCGACAAACGCAUGGCUCUUGUUCAGGCGGUGUUGGAGGUAUAACUGGGGUAUGAGCUGUCAAAUUAUUGAUGGUCAUUGUCAAAAACCACCCCUUCUUUCCCUACCAUAUUAGUAGUUCAAAAUGGAGAUUUCAUGUGUCGACUAUAUCAAUGAUAAAAAGAAUGACACUCAAAUGUAAAAUCAUUCAAAGAAAUUCAUAGCCUACGUUCUCCUUAUUUGUGCAUUAGAAAAGCGUAAAUUAGAAAACAUUCAGGACUAUAAAAUCUUCACACAAAAAAUAGAACAAAAAAACAAUUAUAUUCUUUAUGCAUUCAUUAAAUACUGCUGGCCAGCUAAUGAUCAUGUUUGAAGAAGUGAAGUAGUCUAUACUGAAUUACGAAGACAAAGGAGUAUGCAGCCUGACACUGAACAAGAGUCAUGCGGUUGUCGGCUAGCACGGUUCUGAUUGAAUCCUGGACUAAGAUCAUGAGGUAGUAGUGAAAAGGAUGUAAAGAAAUAUUAAAUUAACAACUAAUACAACAACAAAAAGUCAAAUGAAAAGGUCAGUGGGUCAGGCGCCUCAGUGUUGGCUCCCCCACUCCCCAACACACAAACACGCACAUAGAUAAACACACGUAUCUUUGAUGCUUAAUUGUAUUUCUGGGCAGGCAAAGGUGCAUUUCAACAUGCUCAUUUUGAUGAUGGUGAGUGGACUGUUUUUUGUUGUGUGCCGUUAAUGGAUGGC